GGCGGCCGCUGUCAUGUCUCCGAGAUGCCCUCUAGUGAGUAUUGCGCUUUCACCGUCUGCUGUUCCCUUUGUGCGGAGCGCAAGGGCCUCUUCGCCUUUUCCCUCUGAGAUGCCUCGAGAGGACGCAACCGAGAGGCAGACAUUGCUUUCAGUGGGGAAGAGGAGUUCAGUGUCUGAAGACUGCUGAGGCGUUCUUUGUCUUUUAGGUGUGGCAUCCUCAGUGUGAUUUGUGUGUGGAGAAGAUGUGCUCCAGUCUCUGAAGAUGCUGCACAAGAACUUGAGGUGAUGCAGACAGCAAAUGCUACACCAACGAACAGGCCGACGAGCUUCAGGACCGGAAGCUCUUGCCUUCACUAAAUUGUGAUUGAUGGUGUUGACGCUUCGGGCUUGGUACCCCUCCCAUGUUCCACCAUCCCGUGACCCUUCCCGUUCGCAGUUCCAUUCUCAACACAUGCUCGAUUGGAACGAAGAGCGGAAGACGUCAACCCUGCCACACCAGAGCCCUGAGGAAUCUUGAGCAACUUUGCACUCUUGGUUUUACGGCCAUUAAUGGUUUGCAAUGGUGACAUGAAAGGCAAGCGAGGUAAAGAGGGUCAAUUGCUACUUUCCUGAAGAAAAGGAGUUCCGACGGGAAGGUCGCGCUUAAAGCAUGAGUUUGCUGAGCCGAUUCCGCCGAGCGUUCCGCCAACUCACGCUGCAAGGAAUCCUCCUCCUGCUCUUCGCCUUCUGCACAGCGACAGUAUUCAUCUCCGGCUAUUUCCUCUACAUCGGCACAAAGCAGGAAACAGAGCCGUCGAGCGAAGUCGGGGGCUCGGAUUGCGAUGACUCCAGGGUCACUCCCGCUAGGCUGCUCCCGACCAAAGCGGUCAGGCGGGCAGAAUUGUCCCGGACGGACCCCGUGGUGCUGGUCUUCGUCGAAAGCAUGUACACACAACUCGGGCAGGAAAUCGUGGCCAUUCUGGAGUCCAGCCGCUUUAAGUACCACACUGAAAUCGCACCUGGGAAAGGAGAUAUGCCCACCUUGACGGACGGAGACCGGGGGCGUUUUACCCUCAUUGUAUAUGAAAAUAUUUUGAAGUAUGUGAAUUUGGACGCUUGGAACAGGGAACUCCUCGACAAAUACUGCAUAGAGUACAGUGUUGGUAUCAUUGGCUUCUUUAAGGCAAACGAAAACAGCUUACUGAGCGCCCAACUCAAAGGAUUUCCUCUCUACCUGCAUUCCAACCUUGGCCUCAAAGACUGCAGCAUCAACCCAAGAUCCCCACUCCUCUACAUCACCAAGGCAAAGGAGAUGGAGAAGGGAAAGGGAUUCCUCCCAGGAGAUGACUGGACCGUCUUCCAGUCCAAUCAUUCAACCUACGAGCCUGUCUUGCUCGCAAAGACCAAAUCAGCGGAGAAGAUCCCUCACAUGGAGGUGGAUGCAGCCCUCCACACGACGGUGGUGCAGGACCUGGGUCUUCACGACGGCAUCCAGAGAGUUCUCUUCGGCAACAACAUGAACUUCUGGCUCCACAAGCUUAUCUUCGUCGACGCUGUCUCCUUCCUGACAGGGAAGCGGUUGUCUCUCUCGUUGGACAGGUAUAUCCUGGUGGACAUUGAUGACAUCUUUGUUGGGAAGGAAGGGACCAGGAUGAAAGCAGAAGAUGUGAAGGCUCUGCUUGAAGCCCAGAAUCAGCUUCGGGUCCAUGUUCCGAACUUCACCUUCAAUCUGGGCUUCUCUGGGAAGUUCUACUACACUGGAACUGACGAGGAGGACAAGGGGGACAACCUGCUGCUGUCCAACGUGAAGGAGUUCUGGUGGUUCCCGCACAUGUGGAGCCACAUGCAGCCCCACCUCUUCCACAACCAGUCCGUACUCAUCGAACAAAUGCUCCUCAACAAGCAGUUUGCAGUGGAGCAUGGAAUCCCCACGGACAUGGGCUACGCGGUGGCACCUCACCACUCUGGGGUGUACCCCGUCCACCUGCAGCUGUACGAGGCUUGGAAGCAGGUGUGGGGGAUGAAGGUGACGAGUACAGAGGAGUACCCCCACCUGAAGCCAGCCCGUUACCGACGGGGCUUCAAACACAACGGCAUCAUGGUUCUCCCUCGUCAGACGUGCGGCCUUUUCACGCACACCAUAUUCUACAACGAAUACCCCGGAGGACCCCGAGAGCUGGACAAGAUCAUUAAUGGGGGAGAGCUGUUCCUCACCGUCCUGCUGAACCCUAUCAGCAUCUUCAUGACUCACCUGUCCAACUACGGCAACGACCGGCUGGGCCUGUACACCUUCAAGAACCUGAUCAGCUUCGUGCAAUGCUGGACUAACCUGAAGCUGCAGACUCUCCCUCCUGUUCAGCUGGCCGAGCGGUACUUCCAGCUCUUCCCCGAGGAGCAAGACCCCUUCUGGCAGGAUCCUUGUGAAGAUAAAAGGCACAAGGACAUCUGGUCCAAAGAAAAAACAUGUGACAGACUUCCGAAACUUCUAAUUAUUGGCCCUCAGAAGUCUGGUACCACGGCUCUCUACCUUUUCCUGUCUAUGCACCCAGACGUCAUCAGUAACAGUCCAAACCCAGACACCUUCGAGGAGCUGCAGUUUUUCAACGGCCCGAACUAUCACAAGGGCAUUGAUUGGUACAUGGAAUAUUUCCCAAUUCCCUCCAACACCAGCUCGGACUUUUUCUUCGAGAAGAGCGCAAACUACUUUGACUCGGAGGUCACUCCAAGGCGGGCGGCAGCUCUGUUGCCAAGAGCUAAAGUCAUCAGCAUCUUGAUCAGCCCUGCAGACCGAGCCUACUCCUGGUACCAGCACCAGCGAGCCCAUGAUGACGCGGUGGCCCUGAGGUACAGUUUCCACGAGGUAAUCACUGCUGGAGCAGACGCGAUGCCCAAGCUGAGAGCUCUCCAGAACCGAUGCCUGGUCCCGGGGCGAUACGCAACCCACAUCGAGCGCUGGCUUCAGUAUUACCAUACCAACCAGAUCCUCGUUCUCGAUGGACACCUCCUCCGGGCGGAACCUGCAGCGACAAUGGAAAAGGUGCAGAAGUUCCUCGGACUCCGGAACAUUCUCAAUUACCACAAGCUGUUGGUAUUUGACCCCAAGAAGGGUUUCUGGUGUCAGCUUCUGGAGAGCAAUAAAACCAAGUGCCUGGGAAAAAGCAAAGGCCGCAAGUACCCGGAGAUGGACCCUGAUUCCAGGGCCUUCCUGAGAGAGCACUACAGGGAUUCCAACAUCGAACUGUCCAAGCUGCUGUACAAACUGGGACAGACACUCCCCACGUGGUUAAGAGAAGAGCUACAGAACAGCAGGUAGCUGUCCAAACGGCGCAGGGUGUGAUUCAGACCCUUCCCUGAGGAGUUCAAGCUGUGAUCCCACUCCCAUCCAUCUUCAUACACCGAGGGCCAGAUCCACUUCCUCUGAACGAACCUCCAGGCACAUGCAUGGAAACGUUGCUGUUGGGUUGUGACCCUGUGAGGACCAUGGUGCUUACUGUUCAAGCAUUGACUGGAUGCUUGAGAAGAUCGUUGUACAUUUCCAUCUAGGUGUUUCUGCAGAACCAGGUGGCACCGACGCCUACGAACAGUAAUUGGUUCCUGAACGUACUGAAUGAUCUCAUCACCAACUUGCGUCUUCUCCUGAACGGCUUUCCAAUACAAAGCCCUUAUUCCUUCACCCGUUCCUCUCUCGGGUGAGAUGUUAGCUGUGACUUUGGAGAUCACAAGAGAUUGAAGAUUAGCUUCAUUUGUCACAUACAUCGAAACAUCAGAACAUACAGUGAAAUGCGUCUUUUGUGUCAACGACCAACUUAGUCCAAGCAUUGUUCUGGGAAAAGUCUGCAAAUGGGAGGAAACCAGAGCACUCGGCGGGAACCCACGCAGUCACGGGAAGAAUGUACAAACUCUUUACAAACAGUGGUGGAAAUUGAACCCUGUAACAGCGUUACCCUACCAUACCAUCUCCUCUAUUGUCCAAUGAAAGGGAGAGUCUACAGUUCUUCAGCACAGUCUGUGGUAUGGUUUCAGUUGAGGGAGGUCACUACAAAACUCUUGUUUCCCCGCUCUCCCUCCCUCCCACCACACAAACAGUCUUCUGCACUCAGAAAGAGGUGGUCUACAGAAGCCUACUCUGAUUGCUGCCCCCAGGAAGCCCCUGUGUUGGAGAGUUUGGCAUGUACCCUUCAGCAAGGAUUUACGGUGGAAGACAGCCAUGUACAGAGCCAAGCUGGGAGCCAUGAAAACUAGCAGGCAAGACCCCCUCCAUCAAAGGAGAUCUGUAGGUGUACGGCAGGACCAGGCUCGUGUUAAGGAACGAGACGAGACAACCACUGUUCCCUCAAUCCCACUCCUAACAUUCGCGCUAAAAUUUAAGCAGCAUAUCCGCCACCACAUUAGAUUUGUAUUCGCGUCUGAAGAAAUUCUGUGACUUUUGUACGCAUGGACUGUUUUACAGAAAGCCACUGCAAAUAAUUUGAGAUGGGUGUCCAUGUCCCAGCCCUCCUACUCUUCUGAAGCCCAUCGCCCCUGCUGCUGCAUAGGCCACCAAUACUGGUUCACCAGAGUUCUCUGUCCUGGGCCGAUGGAAGGUUGAUUGGCCCUGUGCCCUCUGCUUUCACCUCAAAGUCUCAUUUGUCCUCUAGGCGAAGACCCUUCCUCUCCCAGGGUUGGGGUCUUUGGAACUUCUGUAGCUCUGGGUUGUUACAGGAUGGGGUUGCUAGUCCUAUGCCCAUCCAUGGUGAAGUUUCCUGGUGUUCAGUGGCUACGAAAUUGCUACCUGAUGCGAUGAUACCCAGUGUGAAAGGUUCACAUUCUUGCAUGUACAUGGAAACAUACAGUGAAAUAUGUUGUUUGCGUUAACAACCUAACGAUAUGCUGGGGACAGCCCGCAAGUUCUCUCUGGUGUUCAGCGGACAGAAUUAACUUCUCCAGGGACAGAGUCUGGGUUUGAAGUACUUAUUUUACAUCAAAAAAGAACUUUGACUUAUUCCUCACAACUGUUUGAGUAAUUGUGCAGCUGAUAAAGAUUGGCAAAGACCCGCAAAAACGUUGGGCGAGAUGUUCCACAUAGGUGGGUAGUAAAGCUUCUCCAAUGAUUUUAUCCAACGGCAGGAAGUUGGGGGUUAUCUACAAGUUGCUUGAAGUGAAAUGGGACCACGCAGACCCCAGUGACAAAUGAUAUUUGGGAACGUUCUUUUGCGCGUUGAAGAUUAGCUUUUUAUUGGUCACAUGGACAUCGAAACAUACAAGGAAGUGGUUCGUUUACAUCAAUGACCAACGCAGUGUGAGGAUGUGCUGGGGGCAGCGCACAAGUGUCAUCACCAACACAGCAUGCCCACUACGUACUAAUCCUAACCAUGCUUCUUGGGAAGGUGGGAGGAGACAAGAGCACCGGGAAGAAACCAACAUGGCCACAGGAGGAUGUCCCGUACAGACAGUGCUGGAGCUGAACCGGGGUUGGUUGAACCCAGAACUGAGCACGGUCGCAGGGAGAACGUCUGAACUCCUUACAGACAGCGGCAUGAAUUAGAUCUCGACCUUCUGCUCGCUGGCACUGUAAAACAUUAGGCUACUGUGCCAAACAUUGCUCUUUUUUUCAUGAGAAAGUAGAACCUUCAGGGUCGUUGGUUGGACGUGGAUAGCAGGCAUUGAAGCUGCCUUUACUCCAGAACAGUCUGGUAGCGAACACCAUCAAUGUACAUUUAUUAUCAAAGUAUGUAUACCAUAUACAACUGUAAGAUUCAUCUGCUUGCAGGCAGACACUUUGAACAUCAGGAUUUGAUGGUUUUGGCCCUAGCGACACCCACAUUCUGGUGAUGAACUGACUGAAGCGGGUAGCAGCUCCCUUGGUCUCUGUUGGCCGAGGAUGAGGAUGAGGCAGGGAUAUGCAAUGAAGACUUUGUCCUCAGAGUGAUUGAGGCUGCGUAGUGUGCAGCUAGGACACAGCAAGACAAAGGGCAAUGCUACCUCCUACUGGAACACACUGGCUUGCACCUCGAGCUGAACUCCCAAAAGUGGAUCCUCCCUUUAAGGACUUGAAAACAGCUGCUUCUUGGCAAUAAAUCUUCCGUCCCACACACCACAACACCCCUACCGUCCCAGCAAACGUAACUGUGUGUGAGAAGGUGAUAUGUCUUAAGAACAAUCUCUCGUCUGUGGCUGGAUCUGUGCUUGAAAAAUAAUGAACAUUGAAAACUACAUGGAAAAUAAUGUUUACAUCUGUAAAACCUUUUAGAAAGCUGUUGUCUUGGUAAUUUAUUAGUUUAACGUGUUUAAAUCUGUACUUUAAAUCUCCUAUAAUGUACUUACCUGCCGUAAGUUCAGUGUUUUUAUCACUGGAAAAUGAAACGAACUGAAGUGUAGAUGUUUUCCUUCUAUCUACACUGGAUUUACAAUCUGGUGUGAACAUAGAACAUCGCACAGUACAGGCCGUUCGGCCCACAGUGUUGUGUUGACCCUUUACCCUACUCCAAGAUCAAUCUAACCCUUCCCUCCCACAUACCCCUCCAUUUUUUUAAAUCAUCCAUGUGCUUAUGUAGAAAUCUUGUAAAUAUCCCAAACUAAUGCCUCUGCAUACAUAACGUCCAUAUCCUUCCAUUUUCCUCACAUCCAUUUGUGAAAUUAAAAGUUUCUUAAAUGUCCCUAAAGUACCUGUCUGUACCACACCCCUGGCAGGGUCCAACAGCCUGUGUAAAAUGACAUCCCCCUAUACUUUCCUCCAAUCAUAUUAAAAUUAUGCUCCCUCGUAUUAGCCGUUUCCACCCCGGGAAAAAGUCUCUGGCUGUCCACUCUAAUUAUGCCUCUUAUCAUUUUGUACACCUCUGUCAUCCUCCUUCACUCCAAAGAGAAAAGCCCUGGUUCAUUCAACAUGCUCUUUAAUCCAGGCAAUAUGUGCCAUUUCUCACCCCAAUUCUACAUCUUGUCAAUGUCCCGAUGCAGCCUACAAUUACCCCCUAUUCUGCCCACAACACCACCAACCUUCAUGAUAUCUGCAAACUUACUAACUCUCCCUCCCAUCCCACACACAUCCUAUUGUUUUAAUAUUUCUGUGGCUUUGUCAACGUGCUUCAGCACUGAACUGUCUCCGUGACUGUGACCUGCAGCCAUUGUCACUCACCUCAGCACUGAACUGUCUGUGUGACUGUGACCUGCAGCCAUUGUCACUCACCUCAGCACUGAACUGUCUGUGACUGUGACCUGCAGCCAUUGUCACUCCCUCAGCACUGAACUGUCUCCGUGACUGUGACCUGCAGCCAUUGUCACUCACCUCAGCACUGAACUGUCUCCGUGACUGUGACCUGCAGCCAUUGUCACUCACC